AUGACUGUUCACAACAUUCAAUCGGUCGAGGGCUUCAAGGAGAGCUUGGCCAAGAACGAUGUCGUCUUUGUCGACUGGUUCGCAACCUGGUGCGGACCUUGCAAGGCUAUUGCCCCCAAGAUUUCCCAAUGGGCCCUUGAAAACCCCUCGAUCCACUUCGCUAAGGUUGACGUCGAUGACCUGCCCGAGUUGAGCCAGGAGUACGGUAUUCGCGCCAUGCCCACCUUCAUGAUCUUCAAAAAUGGCGACAAGGUCGACGAGUUUGUCGGCGCGAACCCCGGCCCUCUCCUCCAGCUGAUUUCCAAGCACAAGCCUGAGGAGAAGGCUGAGGAGGCUGCUGCGGAGUAA